GAUGUCGCCCAAUUCGGAUUCGAAACUCCCACAAGAGCUCGUCGACGCUAUCAUCGACAUCGUGAAGGAUACAUCCGCUUCACCUGUAGAAGCAACCAAAAAUCUUUCAUCUUGCUCUUUGGUCUCACAGGCAUUCCUUCCUCGCACUCGAUUGCAUAUGUUUAGAGACCUCGUAAUGACCAAACCCAAGAAGAUAAAGCACUACCAUGAUAUAUGCCUCGCAUCUCCUAUUAUCCCAGCAGCAGCCCGGUCUGUCUCCUUCCAGACCCUCAACAUACCUGUGAUCCAAAGCCCACUGAUCCCAUCCAUCCUGCGGCUCACCACUAACAUUGACACCAUCUAUUUCGUUAACGUUCAUUGGGACCGUCUGCCCCAGGAGGUACUCGACAUCCUCAGCUCCUAUCCUCUCACCAGAAUAAUCCUCAACACCGUCGUCAUCCCAUCGGCUCCUUCCUUCUUCUCUUUUCUUCGCCGCUGCGCCACUCGCGUGCCUAUUGAUCUUUGUAUCGCCGGCUUGCUCCGCGUCGAAAAUGUCGCAGAAGAACUUCAGGCACCGGCAGACAUAGCAUCUCCCGACAAACCUAUUGCUCUUCGAUCUCUGACCAUUCGCUGCGCAGAUCUUGCACGAAACGCGAUUCGUGCUAUCCUUCUAUCCCCUUCGUCUCCAUUCAAUUUGCGUAUUCUCACAACCAUCGUAUUCACCAUGAUAGGACACGACACUAUGACAGACUAUAAUGCUGUUCUUCUACGCGACGUGAUUUCAUCGUUGACUCACAUCCAGGACGCAAGGUGCCGCUUCGUCAUGCAAGCACCCCCGUCAUUCAUCCUCCAUAUUCCCUCCACCAUUCACAGACUUUCAUUCGCCGUCACCGGUCCUUCCCAUCAAGAUCCGGCCUUGCAGUCGAGUUCGAUCUUACGAUGGUGGAUUGACGGUCUUCUGCGUUCCAAGUGCUAUUGCUUGGAGCAACUGGACGUUACGACCUCAUUAUUGCUGGAUGUAUGGAUUAUCGACGAUGAAGCGCUGGAUGCAUGGGCCCACCUCGACAAAGAGCUUUCCUUGCCAAACUACAAGGUGAAGGUCAUGUGCAUUGAUAUAAGACACCAAGGACUGCUUGAUGACCCCGCUCGUCAUGCGGAGGUGGUCGAUAUUUUAACCAAGUACAUGCCUGGACUAGCGAAAAGGGGUGCUCUGAAACUGAUGAAGGACAAAUUGUAGCUCCAGGCAUCUUUAUCAAUGAAAGAAGAGAAAUUUCGCGAGAAGUGCGUUCGUCAGAGGGAGCUGGACAUUGACCCUGACUAAGUAAUUGAAGGUGUCUUGAAGUUGAUACUGACCCAGUGCGGUAGUGGUGUUACCGGCGCCAGGUCCCAUAUACCCAACAGCUCGUUCGAUCUCUGUACGACCAACCCUCCGCUUCUUUCCUCC